UAUAGGGUGUGGAGUUUAUUGGAGAGAAAACAUUGCAAAAUAACAAGGAAGCUUAUAGUAAUAGUAAUAGUAAGUGUUAGAAACAAGUGUUGUUAAUGGUAGUGAAUUCAGCAAGUGAGGAAUUAGUAAUGGUAGUAGUUAUAAGAGAGUAUGAUUCGGAGAAAGAUAAGGUGGCGGUGGAGGAGCUUGAGCGCCGUUGUGAACUCGGUGGUGGUGGUGGCCGCCGUGGUAAGCCUUCACUUGUCACUGAUCUAAUGGGUGAUCCUAUUUGUCGUGUUCGUCAUUUCCCAACUCACAUCAUGCUGGUAGCAGAGUACGGAGAAGAAAAUGAGAUUGUGGGAGUAGUAAGGGGUUGUGUCAAAAACGCCACAACAGGGAAUUCCCUUUAUGUAAAGUUGGCUUAUAUUUUGGGCUUAAGAGUCUCUCCCACGCACAGGAGACUUGGUAUUGGCACAAAAUUGGUGGAACGACUAGAAGAGUGGUGCAAAGAAAAGGGUGCAGAGUACGCAUACAUGGCCACCGAUUGCACCAACGAGCCUUCUAUCAAUCUAUUCACAAAAAAAUGUGACUACACCAAGUUUCGUACCCCAACCAUGUUGGUGCAGCCAGUUCAUGCUCAUUCCAAGCCCAUACCUUCAGACAUUGCCAUUAUUCGAGUUCAACCGAAGCUCGCCACCUCUAUGUACGGCCAAAUCUUUGCAAAUUCAGAGUUCUUCCCCAAAGACAUAGACGCCAUUUUGACAAGCAAGCUCAACUUGGGAACUUUCAUUGCCGUACCGAGGAAUUCCCUCUCCAAAUGGGACCCGAGGAAGACGUUGUUUCCCCCAAGUUUCGGGUUACUAAGCGUUUGGAACACCAAGGAAGUGUUUAAGUUACAAUUAAAAGGUGUCUCGACUUUGAAAUACGCAUGCUGCGAAGGGAGUAGGGUUUUAGAUGCAUGGAUGCCUUGGUUGAGGCUGCCUUCUUUCCCAGAUGUGUUUAGGCAGUUUGGUGUGUAUUUCAUGUACGGACUUCACAUGGAGGGGAAGCAAGGGGUUAGGCUCAUGAGGUCUCUAUGCACCUUUGCGUAUAACAUGGCUAGGGAUGACGGUGGAUGCGGGGCUGUGGUGGCUGAGGUGAGCCAGAGAGACCCUGUUAGAGUGGCCAUUCCUCACUGGAGGAAGUUCUCUUUGGCUGAAGACCUUUGGUGCAUCAAAAAACUUUCAAAGCUACAUGAAACUCAAGAGAAAGAGACUGUUACUACUACUACUACUACUUUGAAUGUGGGCGAGAGAUUUGAGCCGUCCGAUUGGACUAAUGCUCGAUCAUCUUCGCCAGUGAUCUUUGUUGACCCCCGUGACUUUUGACAUAGUAAUAAUAAUAAUAACAAUAAUAAUAAUAAUAAUAAUAUUUAGAGUUCAUCCUCAUCAUCA